CCUUGAUUAAAUGAUUGGCUUCAAAAAUUAUGGGUCUUAGUCAUUAAUAGUUAUGCAAUCAUUCAAACUAGGUUUAAUUAUUGGCAAGAACAGGUGUUUUUUUGAAGUUCUAUUUUUAAGAUGGCAGAAAGUAGAUGAGGAUAGCUUAGACGACAAGAUGGAGACUGUUUAGCUUUGUAGUUUAAUGGUUAUGGAGAGUAUUAUUGGAAAGACUGUAAGAUCUAAAAUAUAAUUGGAUUGAUAGACAUCUAAUUUAAA